AUGACUCAAUUCUCCGAGAGUGCUAAUGAAAAAUAUUUAUUAAUACGCCGAAAUGUUCCGCAAUGCAUGAUUUAUGAAAAUAUAUAUAGUUGUGGUGUCCCCCAUGGCUUUAACCUUUUAGAUUUUUGUUUGAUUAUGAAUACGUUGUAUAAACCUCAUUUGUCAAUUCGUAUAUUCUCUAAAAAAUUCUCAAAUAAUGUUUUGAAAACUCGGUUAUCCUAUAAUUCUCUGUUUAACCGUUCAAUUCAUGAAAAGCAUUAUUCUGUUGUUGCAAAAGUGCAACAUACUAGGGUAGAAGAAGAACUUCAUGAAAAAGCUCAUAUCGAUUAUGAUCGUGUCGCUAUAAAAUGGAAUCCUUCAAUUGCAAAAUUGUAUGAAGAUGCUUUGAAAUACGAGGAGGGAUCGGCAAUUAGUUCAACUGGUGCCUUGGUAACUGCCUCUGGUAUCAAGACUGGUCGUUCUCCAAAGGAUAAACGUAUCGUCGACGAACCUGGUUCUUCUAAUGAUAUUUGGUGGGGACCCGUUAACACGAAAUUACCCGAACAGGUUUUUCUCAUCAAUCGUGAACGUGCAGUAGAUUAUUUAAAUACUCGUAAGAGGAUCUACGUCUUUGAUGGUUUUGCGGGGUGGGAUCCUAAAUAUCGUAUUAAGGUUCGUGUGGUAUCCUCACGUGCCUAUCACGCAUUGUUCAUGCGUAAUAUGUUGAUUCGUCCUACCGCCAAAGAACUUGAAUCUUAUGGUUCUCCCGAUUUUACCAUUUAUAAUGCCGGUGCUUUUCCCGCAAAUCGUUACACCACUGGUAUGACAUCUACUACAUCAGUUGCCCUUAAUUUUCAUAUGAAUGAAAUGGUCAUCUUGGGUACUGAAUACGCUGGUGAAAUGAAAAAGGGAGUUUUCACUGUUAUGCAUUAUAUAAUGCCUGUCAAACAUAAUGUUUUAUCCUUACAUUCUUCUGCUAAUGAGGGUCAUGGAGGAGACGUAUCCAUUUUCUUUGGUUUAUCUGGUACUGGCAAGACUACACUAUCUGCUGAUCCAAAACGUCUCUUAAUUGGUGAUGAUGAACAUUGUUGGUCAGACGAUGGUAUCUUUAACAUUGAAGGAGGCUGUUACGCAAAAUGUAUUGGUCUAUCUCCUGAAAAGGAACCAGAAAUUUACAACGCCAUCCGUUUCGGAUCUGUCUUGGAAAAUGUUGUCUAUAAUCCAUAUUCACGUGAAGUAAAUUAUGAUGACAGUUCACUAACGGAGAAUACACGUUGUGCUUACCCGAUUGAAUACAUUCCCAAUGCCAAAGUACCUUGCAUUUCAUCAGAUCAUCCGAAAAAUCUUAUUUUAUUGACAUGUGAUGCGUAUGGUGUUCUUCCACCAGUAUCAAAACUAUCACCAGCUCAAGCAAUGUAUCACUUUAUUUCUGGAUAUACCGCCAAGAUUGCUGGAACAGAAGAAGGAGUCACCCAACCAGAAGCUACUUUUUCUGCUUGUUUUGGUCAACCUUUCCUUGUACUUCAUCCUGCACGUUACGCGAAGAUGUUGGCUGAAAAAAUGCAACAACAUUCUGCUGAUGCUUGGUUAAUUAAUACGGGUUGGAAUGGUGGAGCUUAUGGAGUUGGUGAACGUAUAAAGCUUAAAUACUCCCGUGCUAUCAUUGAUGCUAUUCACUCCGGAGAACUUUCCAAAGCAGAAUAUGAAUCCUAUGGUGUCUUUAAUUUGCAGAUUCCAAAAUCAUGUACGGGCGUUCCAUCUGAACUAUUAAACCCCUCAAAAACUUGGAAAGGUAGCGAAAAUGAAUUCAAGGAUAUUCGAAAUUCAUUAGCAAAUAGAUUUAUUCAAAACUUUAAGGAUUAUGAAGAUCAGGCCACACCUGAAAUUAUUUCGGCUGGACCUAUCCUAUCGUAG